AUGGAAUCAUCUUCCAGCUUGAGCCAAGCCAAGUCCUUGAUUGCGGCCGGUACGGUCUCAAUGAUAUAUGCCAUUGACAACAAUAAGGUCAUCAAGAGCCAUAAUAAAUCAGGAAUAUUCGAACGCCAAGCUUAUGAGAUUGAGAUUCGCUGUUAUGAACGACUUGGGCACCAUGAACGCAUCGCGUCUUGCGAGGUAACUGAUGAGGGUCUCAUACUGGAACGUGGAACCUGUCUUCGCAAAAUGCUCCAGAAUUUCGACAAGUCUGCCAUUACUUGGAUCAUGAAGCGUCAGUGGGCUCUGGAAGCUGCAGAAGGUCUCAGCUAUAUCCAUAGCAAAGGGAUCAUCCAUGCAGACGUUGGUUGUCACAACAUCAUCGUGGAUCAUUCCAAACACAUCAAAUUUAUUGACUUCGCUGGCUCUGGUAUCGAUGGCGAUGAGCCAUUGGUCUGCUAUGAGUGGUGUAGCUUUAAUCCUGUCGUUGAAAUUGGUGUUUGCUCGGAUAUAUUCGCUUUUGGAUCAAUGCUGUUCGAGCUUGAAUCAGGUUGCGUCCCAUACCAUGAGCUAGAAAGCACUCUAGAGAUGGGAAAGCUAGUGACAGCUGUUGAGAAGUAUUUCUCGCAGCAGAAAUUCCCAUCUGUGGAGACUUUAGCUUUCAGAUCCGUCAUUACUGGUUGCUGGAAUGGUAAAUACACCUCAAUUGAUAGGGUCUAUCAAGAUAUUGCACUGGUGCAAGACCAACUUGUGCAGAGUUAG